AUGGCCUCCCGAACCCUCUUCACCCGCGCCACGGCCCUCCUCCGGGCCAGCGCCAGCGCCGCCGCCACGAACCAAAUCCAAACCGGAUCCAUCAUCUCCAUCUCCAUCACGAGAUCCACUCCUCCCCUCAUGUCCGGGUCAACCCGCGCCUACCACUCCACUCCCCCCCUCCAAACCGCCAAAGACUUCAAAUCCGACCGGACCACCCUCCGCCCAGCCAGCUCCGAAGGGACCGUCUCGGCCUCGGACGACGACGUGGCGCACCUCGACAAGACGGCCUUUGACCCCAACAAGACCUCGCCCAAGGAAGAGACCGAGUCAGCGGGCAAGGAGUCCAACGGCAACCCGCUGGAGACCAGUGGAGCCAACAGACAGUUCUCCAAGCCCCAGGGCGAUAAUCCUACUGAGGGCGACAUGUCCAAGGAGGAGAAGACGACGGCUGGUGGGGGCAAGGAGAAGAAGAAGAGUGGUGGGCCGGCGGCGGGGAGUAAGAAAGGGGGGACGACGAACUAUCAUGGGAGUAAGGAGUAGGGGGUUAGUGCGAUGGAUGCUUGAGGGGAUUGAGAUGGAUGAGAGCGAUAUUGUUUACAC